AUGCCUCAGCUACUGAAAAGCAUUGUUGAUAUCAUCGAAGUUUACAAGCAAUAUGCACUAAGUGAUUCUGAUGGAACAACACUGAGCAAAAAAGCCCUGAAGAAUCUUCUUCAGAGAGAAUUUGGGGAUAUCCUCCGGAGACCACAUGACCCCCAGACUGUGGAACUGGUCCUGCAACUUCUAGAUCGAGAUUGUAACGGGCACGUUGAUUUCAAAGAGUUUCUCUUGCUAGUGUUCAAAAUAGCUCAAUCAUGCUAUUACGCCCUUAGCCAGGCCACGGGGAACGAAGAGAAGAGACGAGUUAAGCUAGAGGAAAAGAGGGAAAGGUUACAAGAGGAAAACCAGAGGAGGCGCGGCGCCCGGGAGAGGCAGCUCCAAGAGGAAGAAGAGCUGCAGCGAGUGCAACAGGAACGCGAGCGGCAGCGUAGUGAAGGACUCCAGGAGCUGGAGAGGCCAAGGGCCUCUAAGGAAGAGCAGCUGCAGCGACAAGAGCAAGAAAGACAGCUCCAGGAGCGCGAGAGGCAGCGCCUGGAGGAAGAGCAGCUGCAAAGACCCGGGAGCGAAAGACGGAGAGAGAGGCAGGUCUGGGAAGAAGAGCAGAAACAGAGGCAAGAGCUAGAACGAGAGCGUCGCCGCAGCCAACAGAGACAGGAGCGCGCAGAAGAAGGCUACGGAAAACAGGAGCAGGAGGAGAGGCAGCAAAGCGAGCGGCACAGAGAGAGCCGGGAAGAAAGGCGGCAGGAGCGUGCAGUGCAGAGCUUGGAGGAAGAGCAGCAGCUAAGACGUCAAGAAGAAAGACAGGCCCGCGAGCAGGGUGAGAGCCGCGGCUUCCGACUGCAGUGGCAACUGGAAAGAGAACUUCAAGGUCGGCAGAACAAACUCUACUCUAAGCCCCGCAGGCAGGAGGAUGGCCAAUUCCUGGAGGAAGAACCGAGACGCCGACAGCAGAGAGAAGAGAGACAGCGGCGUCAGGAGCGAGAGAGGCAGCUGCGCGAGGAAGAGACGUUGCAGCGUCAGGACAGGUUCGGUCAGCUGCGGGAUGGGGACAUCGACGACCGCUUCCAGGAGGAGCAGGAAAGACAGCGACGUGAAGAGGAACAGGCUCGCCGGCGACAGAUACGCGACCGGCAGCUGCAAGAGGAGGAGCGGCGCCGCGACCUCAAAGUCCAGUGGCUGCCAGAAGAAGAAGCCGAGAGACGCCGAAACCGACUCUACUCCAAGCCCUCUGAGCAGGAACGUCGGGCUCAACUGGAGAGGCAUCUGAGAGAGGAAGAAGAGCGCGAGCUUCAGCAGCGAGAGAGGAGGCGGCUCCGGGAGCAGAGAGAGCAGCUGUAUCGCGAGGAAGAACAGCUCCGGCAGGAGGAAGAGCAGCUCCGACGGCGCCAGGAGAGAGAGAAUGAAAGGCGACGUCAGGAGCGAGAGAGGCAGCUGCGCGAGGAAGAGGCGUUGCAGAGUCAGAACAGGUUCGGUCAGCUGCGGGAUGGGGACAUCGACGACCGCUUCCAGGAGGAGCAGGAAAGACAGCGACGUGAAGAGGAACAGGCUCGCCGGCGACAGAUACGCGACCGGCAGCUGCAAGAGGAGGAGCGGCGCCGCGACCUCAAAGUCCAGUGGCUGCCGGAAGAAGAAGCCGAGAGACGCCGAAACCGACUCUACUCCAAGCCCUCUGAGCAGGAACGCGAGCAGGAACGUCGGGAGCAAAGAGAGAGGCAGGUGAAAGCGGAAAAACAGCUCCAGGAGGAGGAAGAGCAGCUCCAGCGCCUGGAACAGGAAGUAGAAAAGAGACGUGAGGCGUUGGAGAAGAGGAAGCGCCAGGAGCAGCAAAAUGGACAAUACCGGGAGGAAGAACAGCUCCAGGAGGAGGAAGAGCAGCUCCAGCGCCUGGAACGGGAGAAGAGGAGGAGGAGGGAAGAGCAGCUCCAGGAGCGCCUGGAACAGGAAGUAGAAAAGAAACGUGCAGAGUUAGAGAAGAGGAGGCUCCAGGGGGAGCUGGACAGUCAGUACCGGGAAGAAGAACAGCUCCAGGAGGAGGAGGAGCAGCUCCAGCAUUUGGAGAGAGAGGUCGAAAAGAGACGUGAGGCGUUGGAGAAGAGGAGGCGCCAGGAGCAGCGGGACAGACAGUUCCGGGAGGAAGAGCAGCUCCAGGAGGAGGAAGAGCAGCUCCAGCGCCUGGAACAGGAGGUAGAAAAGAGACGUGAGGCGUUGGAGAAGAGGAGGCGCCAGGAGCAGCGGGACAGGCAGUUCCGGGAGGAAGAGCAGCUCCAGCGCCUGGAGCGGGAGGAGAAAAGCAGGCGCCAGGAACAGCGAGAUGGACAAUACCGGGAGGAAGAGCAGCUCCAGGAGGAGGAAGAGCAGAUCCAGCGCCUGGAACAGGAGGUAGAAAAGAGACGUGAGGCUCUGGAGAAGAGGAGGCGCCAGGAGCAGCGGGACAGGCAGUUCCGGGAGGAAGAGCAGCUCCAGGAAGAGGAAGAGCAGCUCCAGCGCCUGGAACAGGAGGUAGAAGAGAGACGUGAGGCGUUGGAGAAGAGGAAGCGCCAGGAGCAGCGAGAUGGACAAUACCGAGAGGAAGAGCAGCUCCAGGAGGAGGAAGAGCAGCUCCAGCGCCUGGAACAGGAAGUAGAAAAGAAACGUGCAGAGUUAGAGAAGAGGAGGCGCCAGGGGGAGCUGGACAGUCAGUACCGGGAAGAAGAACAGCUCCAGGAGGAGGAAAAGCAGCUCCAGCGUCUGGAGAGAGAGGUCGAAAAGAGACGUGAGGUGUUGGAGAAGAGGAGGCGCCAGGAGCAGCGGGACAGGCAGUUCCGGGAGGAAGAGCAGCUCCAGCGCCUGGAGCGGGAGGAGAAAAGCAGGCGCCAGGAACAGCGAGAUGGACAAUACCGGGAGGAAGAGCAGCUCCAGGAGGAGGAAGAGCAGCUCCAGCGUCUGGAGCGAGAGGUGGAAAAGAGACGUGAGGCUUUGGAGAAGAGGAGGCGCCGGGAGCAACGGGACAGAAAGUACCGAGAAGAGCAGAUCCAGCGCCUGGAACGGGAGGAGAAAAGGAGGCGCCAGGAGCAGCGGGACAGACAGUUCCGGGAGGAAGAACAGCUCCGGGAGAAGGAAGAGCAGAGACGUGAAGAGCGAGAGGGGAAAAGGCUUCGCCUGCAGCGGCGAGACCGGCAAUACCGGGAGGAGGAGGAGCUAGGCGGACAAUAUUCUGAGAGAGAGGAGUUCCAAGAACAGGAGAGUGACCUGCCAUUCCGUGAGGAAACCCAGAGCCGACGUCUGAAAUGGCAGUGGCAACCCCACCGGGAAAAUGAAGCACGGAACAGAAGGCUUUACUCCAAACGUAGGGAGGAUGCACAGAGAGAUUGGGAGCAAGAAGAUUCUCAAGUCCGAAACUGGCCCGCGGGAGAUAAUGACGAUGAGUCUGGUCGUGCAGAUCUGGACAGACCGUUCAGGUACGAGAAAUCCCGUCGGCUGCAGGACAGACAGCUCUAUCGGGACGAGCAAGAAGAACGAAGGUACAGGCAGGAACGAGAGGCGGAGAAGGAACGUCUCCAAGAAAGAGGCAGGAUCUCCCAGGAAGAAGAACAAGGCCUCCGACAAGAAAGGAGACGCCGCCAAGAGCAAGGCGCGAAAUUCUUGGAUGAAGAACAGUUGUACCCAGAGGAACGAGAGGAAUAUGAAGAAACGAAAAGACUGCGUCAGAGCAGAGACAGGAAGUUCCGUGAGGAGCAGGAGUUUCGCAGACAGGACCAAGAGAGAAGGCAAAGAGUCCUCCAGGCUCGAGACAGACAACUCCAGGAAGAGGAAUUCUACCCUCAGGAGCGAGACAGACAGUAUCGUAAGGAACGGCGCUCCCAGGAGGCCCAGGACAGGCAAUUUCCGGAGGAAGAGAGGGUGCUCCCUCAGCAACGAGAGGAACAGAAACGCAGGCAGGAACGAGACAGAAAACUCCAAGAGCAAGAGCAAAGCCUCCAGCAAGCGGUAGAAGAAGAAAGGAGACGCCGUCUAGAACAAGACAGGAAGCUCCUCCAGCAGGAAGAGGAGGAAGAGCAGAGGCGCCGUCAGGAACGCGAGAGGAAAUUCCGUGAGGAGGAGCAGCUCCGCAGACAGGAGCUAGAGCAGGAGCCUCAGAGGCGCCAGGAGCGGGAGAGGCAAUUCCGGGAGGAGAAGGAGCUCCGCAGACAGGAGCUGGAGCAGGAGCUAGAACAGGAGCAGAGGCGCCGUGAGGAGCGGGAGAGGCAAUUCCGUGAGGAGGAGCAGCAGCUCCGCAGACAGGAGCCGGAGCAGGAGCAGAGGCGCCGUCAGGAGCGGGAGAGGCAAUUCCGUGAGGAGGAACAGCUCCGCAGACAGGAGCCGGAGCAGGAGCAGAGGCGCCGUCAGGAGCGGGAGAGGCAAUUCCGUGAGGAGCAGCAGCUCCGCAGACAGGAGCUGGAGCAGGAGCUAGAACAGGAGCAGAGGCGCCGUGAGGAGCGGGAGAGGCAAUUCCGUUGA